AUGGCCACGCUUGCGUCCUGCCUUGAGCUAGAAAAGCAACUAGAAGAACUCCUGGUUCAGAUCAAAUUAACCGAUACAGCCGACCUCUGGAAGGAGAUCGAACAGACUGCACAGAAGCUGGCUAAUGCCUUGAGAGUCAGAGACACCCCAGAGGACAAUCAUACCGUCGUCGGCCGGACAGAGCUACCCCAAACGCUGACAUUAUUGGUGUCUCUAUGCCUUCAUGGGGCCAUGACUCCUUCUGAAGAGGAUUCUGCGAGCUUGUUCGAGAUAUUACGACUAGGGGCUAAUCUGUGCAUGGACCAUGACGAGAACAGAGGGCACCUCCUGGAAGCAGGAUUUCCUCAGGAAAUGGUUGCAAUCCUCGAAGGAUAUGCCGAGAAGGUGUCAGGCCCUCCGUUCACAGAGCCCCUUGACUUGGACGUAUCACAGCUGAAGAUCGUGAGGACAGCAAUUGGGGUUCUGCUGAACGCAUCGCUCGGUUACAGCCCCGUUAGGCACAGGCUGAUAUCCCUAGAAGCAGCAAUCACGAUUAUGAGGCUAUCGGUCGCAAUUUAUCCCCCUGGGUUAUGGAAACGCACUCCUCACUCACCGGACAAUGAGGACGUUUGGGAGCUACGUAGUGGAAUUUCGGAAUGGGCGUGGAGGACCAUCUCCGAACUCCGGGAAAAUAACGACGACAACCUUACAGUAUUUAAUCCUGAUGUGCUACCCUUCUUCAUCCCUUCACUGCAAGCCUUCAUCCCCGACGCGAACAAAUCAGACGUCGUCUCAGACAUUGAUUUGCAGGCGCGUGCAGGGCUUCUCGACUCAGACUUAGAGUCGUUGGCGGAGACAUGCAUGCUGCUCGAAUCCCUCUCGCUUGAUAUCGAAGACGUACGCCUGUCCCUGGCUCGGGGGUACAAUUUCCCAGCCGAGCAUGGCGGUGUACCCUGCCUCUCUGUCAUGCUUGAUUUCAUUGAGGAGGGCAACUAUCCGAAGCUAUGGUACGAAGAAGAUCUGGGAUGGGAUGCCACCGACAUCAAGAGGAAGGAACGAGCUUUCGAUAUCUGUAAGGCAGCUGUAAUCAAGACCAUCGUCGAAGUAGCUGGUGAAGAGCAUAACGACGAUGUCCUCUGGGACGAUUCGGAUCCUGAGCAACCUGGCGGGCCAUUCGUAUGCAUGAUGGUGGGGUGGAUCAAGAAAUAUGUCUCUACGAAGACACAGAAAUCGGCAGACGAAUCUGCCAUCGACCGGGAUGACUUGGCCAUUUGUGCUUGUCUAGCUCUAGGCAACUUGGCAAGACGAGAGAAACAUGCUAUCGUUCUACUUCGACCACCUCACAGCUUGGCCCCUGUCCUAACGUCAAAGAAUCUGCUAUCUCCUAAUAGCGACAUCAAGCUCAGACAUGCCGUAAUUGGUCUCCUCAAGAACGUUUCUCAGUCGGCUACGCCAACUUCAAUCAUACCCGUUGAACUUGGAAAUGCUGGAAUAAUCGAAGCUAUCGUUGGAAGCGGCGUGUGGGACCAACAACAUGAUGCCAUGGUCGAAGUUGUCCAAGUUGGGGCCAUCGGUGUCGUUAAGCAUCUAUGUAAUACAAGUGUUCAGAAUGCGUAUGCAUUGAUUCUUCCGGGUUCCAGCUCCUCUGGUUUGGACCAGUUGCUGGCCUUGAUCAAGCGUUCGGAUUCUGUCGCCGUCAAAAGCGAAGGCACACGAGUAUUGGUCAACGUUAUCAAGUCAAUAUGGUCUACUGCGUCCAGCCCUGCGUCAGACAAUACGCAGCAGACGGUUGAUGAGAAAAAGCGACAGUCCGCGAUGGAGAAGAUGCGCACCCCCGAGUGCACCGAGGCUCUAGCCAACCUUGUCACGCGGAGUGGUAAAUUCCCUUUACUUGUCAAUGAAGGCAUUGUCGCUCUCAGUUUACUGAGCACGCACCCUUCUGGUGCGUUGCUCGUCUGGAAAUCACUCACGGUCCCUUUGCCCAAAGAGGCCUCGCCAUCUCCUCCAGCAAUCAUUGAGCCUACAUCGACACUUGAGGAUGCCGCUGUCCAGGAGAAAGAGGGAGACAAUGUGUCACAGAAGAAGUCGCCACCCCGGAUCGUGGUUCCACAACAUGCCUUAGAUAUGAUCGCAGCGGUUCUGAGAAACGUAGAUAACCAGGCGAAUUUCCCUGUCGAGGUUCGCAUGAACGCCUGCGCUCUGCUCAUGCAAAUUGGUCGCAAUACCCCCGGUACAGAUUCUGUUGAAGGGAUGAAGACUGCACUGCAGCCGGCGUUAGAGAAAGUGUUGAAGAAACUGGCGGGAGCUCAGAGCAAGGAUGAAAUGCUAGCGAAGGCUAUUCAGAAACUGUUAGACUCGUGGUCGUGA